AUGGCUGCAGCCUAUGUCUAUAGAUUUGUUUUCAUAUUAGAUACUUCUGGGCCUGGGAUACUCCGACCAAUCUCUGAAAUCCCUGCUAAAUUUAGAUCGGUCUUCAAAGAGUUCCCUUACUUCAACUACGUUCAAUCAAAAGCCCUAGAUGACGUUCUAUACACGGGUAAGAACUUUGUGGCUUGUGCUCCUACGGGCUCUGGUAAGACUGUGCUUUUUGAGUUGGCCAUCAUCCGCCUACUGAUGGAGACCACAGAGCCCUGGAGAAACGUCAAAGCUGUGUACAUGGCCCCCAUCAAAGCUCUAUGCAGCCAGCGCUUUGAGGACUGGAAGAACAAAUUUGGGCCUCUGGGCCUGAGCUGCAAGAAGCUGACUGGAGACACAGAGAUCGACGAUUUCUUUGAGAUUCAAGACGCCAAUAUCAUCAUGACCACACCUGUGAACGCAUUUCUCUGUUUCUCGCGGGAAAAAUGGGACAGCAUGACGAGGAAGUGGAGGGAUAACUGCCUGCUGCAGUUGGUCCGGCUUUUCCUUAUUGAUGAGGUGCACGUGGUGAAGGACCCUAUGCGCGGAGCCACACUAGAGGUGGUGGUGAGCAGGAUGAAGGCGGUCCAUGCAUACCGUGCAGCAGAGAACCCUCAGGAGGACGUCUCCAUGAGAUUUGUGGCCGUCUCCGCCACCAUCCCCAAUACCAACGAUAUAGCAGACUGGCUGUGUGACGACAGAGACCCUGCUACUUGUCUGGAGAUGGAUGAGAGUCACAGACCGGUAAAACUGAGGAAAGUAGUGCUGGGUUUCCCCUGCAACAGCAACCAGACUGAGUUCAAGUUCGACCUGUCACUCAACUACAAGAUGGCCAACAUCAUCCAGACCUACUCGGACCAGAAACCAACACUUGUUUUUUGUUCAACAAGGAAAGGAGUCCAGCAGUCGGCCACUGUUCUAGCCAAGGAUGCCAGGCUCAUCAUGAGUAUUGAGCACAAACAGGUUGGAGGUGAAUUAUGCAAACUCUCUCCUGGACUCAAAACUCAGAGGUCGGUGGAGAAUACUUGGUGUCGUUUGGAGCUGGUUUCCACCACGCCGGAGUUGACGUGUCAGACAGGAAGCGAAUCGAGGAGGCCUUCAACAUGGGAGACCUGCCUCCUGCAUACCCACCUGGUGGAGCACCUGAACGCUGAGAUUGUCCUCCACACCAUUUCAGACGUCAACAUGGCCCUGGACUGGAUCCGCUCCAGCUUCCUCUACAUCCGAGCUCUGAAGAACCCCAGACACUAUGGUCAGGGAAAAGGAGAGACACUGGACAGACCCCGGUCUCUAUUAAAAAGAACUGACUGUCCGUGCGUUUUUAUGCAGGCUUUUCCACUGACUUGGACCGAUGUGGAAUCGAAGCCAAACUGCAAGAGCUCUUGUCUGAAGAACUUGAAUUCCCUGGCCUCCAUUGGUCUGAUCUCCAUGGAUGAGGAUGUUAACAUCAAAGCUACAGAGGCAGGCAGGCUGAUGGCAAGGUACUGUGUUGCGUUUGACACCAUGAAGCAGUUCAGCACGGUGACAGGCACUGAGACCUUACCUGAGCUGAUAGAAUUGAUGGCGAAGGGCAGAGAGUUCACUGACGUGCAGCUGAGGGUGAACGAGAAGAGAACCCUGAACACGUUGAACAAGGACAAGAACAGGAUCACCAUCAGGUAUCCCAUGGAGGGAGAGAUCAAAAACAAUGAGAUGAAGGUGAACUGUUUGAUUCAAGCCCAGUUUGGCUCCAUUCCAAUCCAAGAGUUUGGACUUGCACAGGACACAGGGAGAAUCUUCAGAAAUGGAGUCCGAAUCAGCAGAUGCUUGGCAGAGUUCCUGAACCAGCGCUCCAAGACCGACUUCUCUGCUCUACUCAACUCCCUGAUACUGGCCAAGUGCUUCAGGGCCAAGCUGUGGGAGGACUCUCCUUACGUCUCAAAGCAGCUGGAGAAAAUAAUAUCUGAUCCAGGGGUGUCUCUGUCGACGGCCAUGGUGAACGCUGGGCUCACCACCUUCAAGAAGAUAGAGCAGACCAACGCCAGGGAACUGGAGCUGAUUGUCAACAGACAUCCUCCGUUUGGAAACCAAAUCAGAGACGCUGUCAUGAAUCUACCCAAGUAUGAAGUUAUGCUUCCAAGAUACAACAUCGCCACCGCAGAGAUUGUCGUGACGGUGAUUGUGAAGAACCACGAGCAGCUGCUGUCAAAGAGAACCACUCAUGACCACCACUAUGUCACAAUGAUCAUCGGGGACUGUGACAACAACGUGGUCUUCCUGCAAAAACUCACAGACUUGAUGCUGUUGAAGUCGGGAAACUGGUCAAAGAAGAUCGAAGUGGCGAAAGCCUUCAAAGGAGAGGAGAUCAGCGUGAAUCUAAUCAGCUCAGAAUACGUGGGGUUGGACAUUCAGCAGAAGUUUAGUGCCUUCUACUCUGGACCAAAGAGGUACGGAGGUGAAUCAUUCACACCUGAGCAACAUGACACGGUGCACAUAGCACAGGCUAACGCUCAGAGAUCACAGGGUGCAACACAGAGAACACAGCCAACAGGUCAGCAAACAGAGGCUACGGCACAGAAGAGAAACUCCACAUCCACAGAAAAGGUUCCAGGCAAAAGACAAUGUAACCACUUCUGCAACAACAAGGAUCAGUGUGGCCACGACUGCUGUCAAAAUGGAGUGGUUCUGAAGAGGCCUAUGAAUCAGCAUUCGAGUUUCUCCUCCGACCUCCAAGACCUGAAGACCAGGAGUGACACACUGACAGAGACUCCAGUCAAACGCCUCAAAAUGAGAAUGAGUGGUAGGACUGGGGCUACGAACAUUCAGCACUUUUCUUAUACGCCUGCUGCUUGCAGGUUUGUAGGUAAUCAUCAUGGCGCUUCAACAAUACAACAGAGUGUGGAAUCAGCUGAGGACUUUGCAACGCCCCAAGAGAUGGCAUAUCUUGAGAACUAUGACCAUGAGUAUAAUGACUACCUGGAAGACAUAUAUCAGACAAUGGGAGAAGAGGUACCACCACCUAUUCAAACCACUACAGAGUCACAAAGCACUUCAAUGUGGAGGAAACCCAGUGGGUCACUCAGCCACAGCACCCCCCAAAGCCAGGGCAUGGGUUACUCCCAAAGCCACAGCACUACUCAAAGCCAGAGCACGGGUUACCCACAGAGCCACAGCACCCCCCAAAGCCAUAGCAUGGGUUACUCCCAAAGCAACAGCACCCCCAAAGCC